AACGACUCGCCGUAGCUGCUUAUCCAUCUGCUCAGGGGGAAGAACAGUUCUCACCUCAGUCAGGUCAGUAUUCUAAACCAUGGUGAUUUUCUUUACAACAUAAUUCAUUAUUUUUUGUUUGUUUGAUUAGGCAAGAAAGAAUGCUGAUUUGGGUUGUUUUUGUUAUUUUCUAUCUUUGAUUUUAUGGUCCGAUAGAGUGUUUGAGAUGACCAGAGAAUAGCUACUGUUUGAUUGAUUUUGAUGUAAAACAUAAAAGAGGGUGAUGAUGCAGACAACCGAGUCUAAGAACAGCAACAGCAACAGUUCAGGUCAACUGUUGCGCGACAUUGAGGAAAUAAGCAAAGCCCUUUACUUGCACAAAGCCCCUCCCAAGUCUCUUUUGCCUCCUUAUGAUUCUUCACCAUCCAAAUCAGCUGAUAAUAACACCCGAUUUUCGAACCCGAACCCAUCAUUUCUUAGGGAAGAUUUGUCGCGCAAGGACAAGAAGACAUCAUCAGGUUGGAACUGGAAGAAUCCCUUGAAGGCUUUGAGCCACAUUGGGAACAGGAAAUUCACAUGUUGUUUUUAUCUUCAUGUUCAUUCACUUGAGGGCUUGCCUCUGAGUUUCAACGAUCUGAGUGUCUGUGUGCACUGGAAGAGGAAAGAUGAGGUGCUUCAGACGAGCUCUUCGAGGGUCGAGGAGGGCGUGGCGGAGUUUGACAAGACUUUGAUGCAUAGGUGUAAUGUGUAUGGCAGUAGGAAUGGCCCGAAUCAUUCGGUUAAGUACGAGGAGAGGCUUUGUUUGAUCUACAUUUCGGUGAAUGGGGCGCCGGGGCUUGAUUUUGGGAAGCAUUGGGUUGAUCUUACGAGGGUGUUGCCGCUUACAUUUGAGGAGUUGGAAGGGGAGAAGAGUUCUGGUAAAUGGUCGACUAGCUUUAACCUUUCAGGCAAGGCGAAAGGCGGUGUCUUAAAUGUUAGUUUGGGGUUUCUGGUGACGCAGGAUAAGGUUGCUAAUUUGAGUGGUAAUCCUAAUGUUCCUCAGGUUAUAGGUACUGUGCCAAAAAGGUCAGCUAGCUUGGAUACUGGUUCUCAGAUGCUUCGAAGAGUUGGUAGUGUGCCUAGUAAUGUGAACCACAGGCCUCGGUUUUCAUCUGAGACUUUUGAUUUAAAGGAUCGUCAGGAAGUUAUGAGUGGAUUGGAGCUUUCCAAAUCGAUAAGUUUCUUAUGUCAGAGACUUGAUGAGGGGAAGUUGUGUAGAGUAAUGGAGUCGGAUUCUGAAGAUGUGGUCCCACUCAAACCCCAGCCAGGUUUGGACAGUGUAUCUGCUAAGGAAAUCAAAGAGUACGAGGAUGAUGAAGUUGAAUUUACCAUUGUUGAAGUUGGGACAGAAAUACCUGAGAAGGAAAAGUUGAACUCUGAUCUAGUUUCUGGUGGUGCUAAUGAUGAAUCUGCAACUGAGAAUGAAAAUAUCUAUGUGGAUGAUGUCAUCAAGGAUUGUGAUAUCGACCUUGAUGAGAAGACUAUGAUUGUUCCAAAGGAUGUCUGUGGUGAUUUUGUGGAUGACUUUAUGGUGAAUGACAUGAAACAUGAAGAAGAUAGCAUUUGCACCGAAGGAUCAAACAUGAAUGAGGUGGAGUCGGCUUCUCAUGUGCAGUUAGUUUCAGAAUCACCAGAGUUGAAUCAUUUAUUUGCUCCAGAAGAGUGUCUUGAGGAGUUGGGCCAUAUGGAGCGUAAGUCAACUUACAUGGCAAGUAAAAUAGGUGGAAAAUCACUUAGCUUGGAUGAUGUUACGGAAUCUGUAUCAAAUGAGUUCUUAAGCAUGCUGGAGAUGGAUGGUUGCAUGAGUUCUGAUAGUGAACCAGAGUCUCCUAGAGAACUUCUUUUGAGAGAGUUCGAAAAGGAGGCAAUGAGUUGUGGAGAUCUAUUUUUAAAUCUUGAUUGGAAUGAAGAGCAGCCAGAAGUUGGAUCCUCUGUUUCACCAAUAUCUUUCUAUGAAGAUUAUAAAGGAAAUUUUGACUUGUCUAUGAUCAUUCAAGCUGCUGAAGAGGAGAACCAGAGAGAAAGUGAGUUGUUGAAGAGAAGAAAGGCCAAGAUUCUUGAAGGGUUGGAGACUGAAGCAUUGAUGCAAGAAUGGGGAUUAGAUGAAAAUGACUUUCAAAACUCACCCUGUAUUCUUUCUGGUGGAUUUGGCAGUCCAAUUGAUGCUGGUUUUGGUAGUCCAAUUGAUCUACCCCUUGAAGAACCACUGUUACCAGCACUAGAAGUAGGCUUUGGUCCUUAUGUUCGGAUGAGAGGUGGAGGCCUUCUGCGGUCUAUGAAUCCUUCACUAUUGAGACAUUCUAAAAAUUGCGGGACCUUGGUCAUUCAAGUCUCUAAUCCAGUUGUAAUACCGGCAAAAAUGGGUUAUGAUGUGGUGGAGAUAUUGCAGCAUUUGGCACUGGUUGGAAUUGAUAAGUUGCACAUGCAGGUAAAUAAGCUAAUGCCUUUGGAAAAUAUAACUGGCAAGACAAUACAUCAAGUAGCACAGGAGGCAGCACCAACUGCAGUGGUCCCUGAAAGGCUUGAGCAGAUUUUGUAUAGUGAGAGCAAGGAUGAAGGGUUUUUAUCUAGUUGGAACUGUAAUGACCUGAGAUCAAAACUAGUAGAUGGUGAGAUGGGAUCAGACUGUGCAUCUCUGGAAUGUCUUGUUCCGUUGGCUUUCAACAAGAUUGAAGCCCUCGCAUUGGAAGGUUUAAGAAUACAGUCUCACAUGUUAGAUUCAGAGGCACCAUCAAGUAUAUAUCCUCGGUCUGUUGGUUGGAUUACAUCCUCACAUCCAAAUCACGGUGAAACUCUCAGGUCAGGAAUUGGAGGAGGGUUGCAAAUUUCGGUUUUAAAUGAUUUUGAUGAUGACAUUGAUGAAUUGAUGGAUCUGUCUAUAUCAUUGGAAGAGUGGUUGAGGCUAGAUGCUAAAAUCAUUGCUGAUAAAAAUCAAAGCAGAGAGCAAUUAUUGAAAAUCCUUGCUGCUCAUGAUGCCACGUACAUAGAUAUGGUUGGUGGAAGUUUGAUAGAAGACUGGAGCUGCAGUGAUUUAUCUGUUGGGAAAUGUGGAUUCUUAGGGGAUAAUGUCACAAUUGCUCUCAUGGUGCAGCUUAGAGAUCCCUUUCGAAAUUAUGAGCCAGUUGGUCUGCCAAUGCUUGCUUUAAUCCAAGUGCAGAGAGUUUCAACCCAUUCAUUUCGAAAGAUUUCUACCAUGGUGUUAAAUGAUAACAGGGAAAAGGAGCAUGAUGGUACCCUCUCAACAGAGGAGAUUAAUGGCAAGGAAACAGAGAGAUAUGAAGGAGAUGAAGAAGGCAAUCCGCAGUUUAAAAUUAUUGAUGUCCAUCUUGCAGGAGUGGACACCAAGUCUGGCAACGAGCAGCUUUGGGGUACCACAAUACAACUGCAAUCGGGUUCCCGAUGGUUGCUUGCUGCUGGUUUGGGUAAGACAAAUGGUUUUCCACUUUUGGAUUCAAAAGCCAUCGUAAGAUCAUCACCACUGGUUUCAGCCAAGCUGCAGCAUAGAGAUAGUCUCUGGAGCAUCUCCUCUACUUCUAAUGUUCAGGACAUGAGAGCUGCCCGGAAAAACUUGAUUGCUCCCCAUAUUCGAAACCCUGAUGUCAUAUUUGCUAGUGAAGCCAUCCUGAACAUGUAGAUCGCCUGUUUUUUUCCUAGUACAUAUGAUGCAUAUAAUGCAUUAAUUUUUGUUAAUAGAGUAUAUAUAUGAUGCAUUAUAUAUUCAGACGAGCUAUUUGACCAU